CGGAAGUGACGCGAGUCGCGCUGAGCCAAGGCCGGGGAAGGGCUGAGCGAAUCGCCAAGGCUAGCGGGCCGGGCGCGUCUCCUCGGCCACUAUGAGCUGUACGAUCGAGAAGAUCUUGACGGAUGCCAAGACGCUGCUGGAGCGGCUGCGCGAGCACGAUGCAGCGGCCGAGUCGCUGGUGGACCAGUCGGCCGCGCUGCACCGGCGGGUGGCGGCGAUGCGGGAGGCGGGCGCCGUGUUACCCGAGCAGUAUCAAGAGGAUGCAUCCGACGUGAAGGACAUGUCUAAAUAUAAACCUCACAUUCUGCUGUCUCAAGAGAAUACCCAGAUUAGAGACUUGCAGCAGGAAAACAGAGAGCUGUGGGUUUCCUUAGAGGAGCACCAGGAUGCGUUGGAACUCAUCAUGAGCAAGUACCGGAAACAGAUGUUACAGUUAAUGGUCGCUAAAAAAGCAGUGGAUGCCGAACCAGUUUUGAAAGCUCACCAGUCUCACUCUGCAGAAAUUGAAAGUCAGAUUGAUAGAAUCUGUGAAAUGGGGGCAGUGAUGCGGAGAGCCGUUCAGGUGGAUGAUAACCAGUUCUGUAAGAUUCAGGAGAAACUAGCUCAGCUGGAGCUUGAAAAUAAGGAACUUCGAGAAUUACUGUCCAUCAGCAGUGAGUCUCUUCAGGUUGGAAAAGAAAGCUGUGUGGCUCCUGCCUCUCAGGCCAUCAAGUCACUGGACUGCUGAACGUUGGCUGCAGCUUGCCUGGCAAGGAGAGAAGCCAUUACCUCUCCUCUCAAGCCUUGUACAUCCAAGAGUCUUGCCACAGACUUGAUUUAGUGUUGGUUAGAGGUAUGGGGUGGCAGUUUAGAAUUGCCACUUGAUACUCGUUGUCCACUAAAUAGUUUGGGGUGUAUUAGUAAAACUAGACAAGUCUCCCAUCGCUGUGUCAGAGAUGACAAUGUCACUCUGGGACCCAAUCUCUAUAAACUGUUGCCUGCAGUUCAAUGUUGUUUUUCACAGGUUGGAAACGCUAAACACUUUUAUUAUAAACCAUGAUUUUAUUUUAUAUAGGAUUAUAAAAAUUCCUUCUAAGAAUUUUUAAAAGAUUUAACUUUUUAAAAAUACAUAUUUGGUGUAAACCUGGAUUUUUUUUUCUUCUACUUGUAAAAGGAGCAUGAUUUCAAAGAAAGAUUGGCAAAUUCUCUGAGUGACAUCACUCAGUCACUCAUCUGUGAGGUUUUGAUCCUCUCCGGUGCUAGGAGUCGGCACUUCAUGGUCAGGUGUCUUUGCUCUUAAUUUGAGAGAAUCUAUUACUAGUCCCCAGGAAAUAUGCUUGAAAACAAGAAAACUGGGCUUGGGUUGUGCGUCCUCCUCCCCUCCCUCCCCCCAAGGAUCCACAGUCAUUGAGAGAGUGCUGAGGAAUGGGCCUGCCCCAUCAUGCACAGGGAGCUAUUAGAUGUACAUAACUGUACAUGGACAUUUGACUUAAAUGCCAAAAAUAGCUUUUAUUUAUUUGAUCAAGUAGUUUUCCAUUCUGCCUACCAAAAACACCUUUGGCUUAGGUAUAAGGAGCACACACACACACACACACACACACAAUAUCUCACAGGUUUCCUCCCCUCCUAGCCCCUAGGCACGUUGAUUGACACACAGCUGUCCCCUGCAGAGCAACACUGCCUGGAUGGUUUAGACCAGCAGCAGUACUUUGUUGUCUUUACAUCUGCUGGCUUUUCACAUGGAAGCAUUUUAUUACUCACAGAGAGUUACUACAUUCCUGAUGUGUAGACAAUCAAGAUCAAUCCUGAGAUUCUAAUAGCCCCCUGUCAGCUCCUUCCCCCGGCUUGGUUUACUCAUAUCUCAGAUUUAUAAAUAAUUCCUCUUACACUAUCUGUUUGCCCAGAUGGACUUUGAUUUUCAUUUCUCACGUAAAUUUCACUCUAGCUGUACACCUUGAAGUAUCCCCUAAGUGCCCCAAGUGUACUCCACAAGGCCAUUCAGAGGCAGGAGUCAGCUGUCACGUCAGGUCCCAUCGACAGUGAUAGCAUUAUCAGUCUGUUCCAGCCGUGAGCACUAUGUCCCUCUAUCUGCCUAAUGUUCCCUUAGCACUCACUACAAAGUUUUUUACAUCUUGCUUCCAGAGGAAUCUUUUCAUUUCAGUCUUGAGGACAGAGUGAACUUUCAGUGCCCUGUGCCAUAUAAAUUCUGCCUGGUAUUAAUGCUGUGACGGUAAUACAGAGCUAGCAUAUUGAAUGGAGAAAGAAUGUUUCACACUUUGUGUGACGAUGUUAAUAUCUCUUGCAGUGGAUGGAAGUAUUUAGUGUAUAAAAUUUUAGUAUGAAAUUAUCUUUACUAAUAAAAACCUCUUUUUGAGAAGA